GGUUAUAUUUAAAGAAAAUAAAAUAAAUAAAAUCAAAAUAAUAAGAGAGAGAGAGAGAGAAAGAGAAAAACCAGAGACCGAAACCCUCCCCAACUCCAAACCCUAGUUCUAUUCCAUUACUAUUCACCCCUUCACUGCAAAACUAUUCACAAUCUUCUCUGAUCUCUCAAUUCCCAUUACGCUUUCUCUCCGGUUAUUCAAUUCCUCCUUUCUUUUUAUUUAUUUUAUUUUUUUAUUUAUUUUUCUACCGGAAAAUCUAUCAACCCAAGAAUUUUGCGUUGUUCCGUUCCGGAAUUUCGCAAUUCGCAAGGUCAAUCGUUUUUUCGGUAGCCCAUUUGAGUUGGGAUGUUAAAUUAAUAGCUCGUUGAGUUGGGAGUUUUGAGACCCUUUUGGCGUGUGGAAGAGUGAGAGAGAGGAAGACGAAGCCGUAGACUGGAAUUUACUAGUCAUUUCUUGUGAUCUGAAACAGUUGAGGAAGUAGAAUUCAGGAUCCAUGUCAGAGUUGAUAAAAUCUCCCUGUUUCAUGAGAUAGACCAAUGGACUCUGAGUACAAGAAGUUUGGAAGAGGACCGAGGGAGCUUACUGGAGCUGUAGAUCUUAUAAGUCACUUCAAGUUGCAGGCCCAACACGAUUUUUUUUGCAAGAAGCCACUUCCUUUAUCAAUCGCGGAUACUCACUAUCUUCACAAUGUGGUGGGGGACACAGAAAUCAGGAAAGGAGAAGGAAUGCAAUUGGAUCAACUUAUUCAGAGUACAUCGUACUCGAGAGACACUAAUGCACGUAUACAACCUUUUGACUUAGAUGUUCUCCAAGAGGCCUUCCAGCUCAGGGAAACUGGUCUUGUUGAAUUGCCACCUUCAGAGAAAGGGACUCCGACUAUUGCAGGGAAGUCAAAGAGCGAGUCGAAGGAUAAGGAGAGGAAACAUAAAAAGCACAAGGACAGGGAUAAAGAGCAUAAGAAGCACAAGCAUCGUCAUAAGGAUCGAAGUAAAGACAAGGAUAAGAAGAAGGAUAAAAGUGGACAUCAUGAAUCUGGUGCUGACCACUCAAAGAAACACCAUGAAAAGAAAAGGAAGCAUGAUGGAGAUGAAGAUGUUAAUGAUAUUCACAGACACAAAAAAAGUAAGGUAAUGAAAUAUCUUAUCUUUCUUUCGAUCUUAUUCGGUGUUCCAUUUAAGUUUAGGUCUUUUCUUUUCUAUGUGAUCUAUUAUGACUUUGAGUACAAGUACUCUACCGUUUCAUAUCCUUUCCUAACUAGUCUCUGUUGACUCUUGCACAGCAUAAGAGCUCAAAAAUUGAUGAAGUCGGUGCAAUUAAGGUAGCAGGCUGAAAAUGAGGCAUCCAAUACAUAUUUUCGUUUUCUUCAGAUGCUUGUCGUUUAGAGUUGGGAGGGGUCUAUUAUUUUCGUUAUGAAAUUUCUUGAGGUACAAGCCUAUGUCUUCACCAUAUUCUUUCGUUUCCAUUAAUGUUGUGGUGUGCGUAUAAAAGAAAUGGGCUCAUGAGGACAAAUGUUGUCAUUUUGGUUGAGCCGAUGGACCAAGCUUGUCGAUCUCAUCAUUAUGGCUCAUGAAGAAUCAAUCCAUAAUGACAUUACACCUCUUGUAUUUCAUGCAGAGUAGCUUUGAAACUGACUAAAGAUUGUGAAGGUGAAUUCACCUCUUGAGAGGUAUGUGGAGUCAAGGUAAAAGUUGACCCAAAAAAAAACCAAAAAAAAAAAAGAACUUCUUUGUAAAAUAACAUUGUCUCAUAUGAUUGCUUGUAUUGGAAGGAACUCUAAUUUCACAUUAUGUUAAUGUACACAAAUGACUUAAAAGGCUUUUCUUAGAAUUGGAGUCAUUAACUUAUGCUUAGAAGUUGCAGCAGCUUUGAGUUGUAGAGAGAUAAGGUGAUAAAGGGAUGGUAUUAUGAUCUUUUUAUCCACUUUAUAUUUUGUAUUAAUGACUAAGAUUAUUGGUAGUUUGUCCAAAAGGGAUUUUUGA